UCGCUGCUUCUCACUGCUGUUUGUGGAAGUUGAUGAUUCCCGGUUACAUUUCUUCUAUUUCAUUAAAACUAAUUCACUGUUGUCUGGUUUCAGGAGACAAACAUGGCAAUGUCUUCGUUUGUCAUCUCAAUGUGCGUUAUGACCGUGUUUUGGGGAGUUAUUGGAGGUGUGGUGCCGUGGUUUAUUCCUAAAGGACCGAAUCGGGGGGUUAUUGUAACCAUGCUGGUGCUCACUGCAGUUUGCUGCUACCUGUUCUGGCUGAUAGCGAUUUUAGCGCAACUGAACCCACUGCUUGGGCCGACGCUGAGUAAUGACACCAUAUGGUACCUGUUUUAUCACUGGGAUUAGUGUAGCUUACAGUCACAGAUGCUUGUACAUUAAGCGCCAUAAGUAUUCAACAUGUAUGAAUACAGUUCAGAUGCCAAUAAUGGAUUUCCAUUGGCUGUGGGAUUAUGUGACAUGAUGUAUACAUUUUUUUCUUGUAAUGGAAAUAAUGAACAAACUGAAUGUGGUGUUAUUUUUUUUGUCUAUUGCUAAAAUAAUUGCCAUAUAGAUCGAAUGGCUUAUUUACACUAUAAUGAUUAAUGCAUUUUUUUUUGUUUUAAAUAUUGUAUUUGUGUCUCUGUGCCUGGAAUAAAGGUGAUUUUGUAUUUUUA